UUCACUGGAAGCAGGAAGAGAAAGAACUCAGUCUGAGUCAGGGCAGCUUAGAGAACGAGGAGGUGCCGAGCGGAAGUCUGGAAAGAUCUGAGGAUCAGGUCUUUCUGGGAUUCAACUAACGUCGGUAACCUGGGCUGGGUGCCUUAGAAGGGUGGACGGAACUACGCCAUGGGGACCUCUGAUUGGACCUCUGUCCCGUCACUCCAAGGCCCCUCCCUCCACGAGAAGCACAAGGCCGCCCCUCCCCUCCCGGUAGAACCGAGCUGGACUUGGUAGGGGAGGUUUCCUCGCCUGGACGACUUGAGGACUUUGCAUCUGCUGUCUUGCGACCAUGUCUAGCAAUGGGACAGACCAGCCUGCUGAAACUCAAGCCGCUAUGGAAGAGCCUGGAGCGCAGCCCAGUGUGAUGGACCGUGUUGCCAACCUGCCUCUUAUCAGUUCCACCUGUGGGAUGGUGAGCGCCGCCUAUACCUCCACCAAGGAGAUUCACCCCCACGUCAAGACUGUGUGCGAUGUAGCCGAGAAGGGGGUCAAGACCCUCACCACGGCCGCGAUCAACACGACACAGCCCAUCCUGUCCAAGCUGGAGCCCCAGAUUGCGACGGCCAGUGAGUAUGCACACCGAGGGCUGGACAGACUGCAGGGAAGCCUGCCCAUCCUCCAUCAGCCGACUGAGGUCAGGGCUCAGGCUUUGGCGGAUACUAAGGAGCUGGUGUCCUCUACAGUGUCUGGGGCUCGAGAAAUGGUAUCCAGCUCAGUGUCCAGUGCGAAGGACACGGUGGCCACCCGGGUCACAGGAGCGGUGAAUGUGACCCGUGGGGCUGUGCAGAGCAGCGUGGACAUGGCCAAGUCAGCGGUGACCAGCGGCGUCCAGUCUGUCAUGGGCUCGCGUGUGGGACAGAUGGCGAUUAGCGGAAUGGACAGGGUGCUGGUGAAAUCGGAGGCCUGGGCAGACAACCGCCUGCCCCUGACGGACGCGGAGCUGGCCCUGAUUGCCACAUCCCCGGAGGACUCCGACAUGGCCUCACUGCAGCAGCAGAGACAGGAGCAGAACUACUUCGUCCGGCUGGGCUCGCUCUCCGAGAGGCUACGCAAUCACGCCUACGAGCACUCACUCGGCAAACUUCGCAAUGCCAGGCAGAGUGCGCAGGAGGCGCUACAGCAGCUCACGCAUGCGCUCAGCCUGAUGGAAUCGGUGAAACAUGGCAUGGAUCAGAAGCUGGGGGAGGGACAGGAGAGGCUGCACCAGAUGUGGCUCAGCUGGAAGCAGAAGACCCCACAGGAUGCUGAAAAGGACCCAGCUAAGCCAGAGCAGGUGGAGGCCCGGACACUCAGCAUGUUGAGGGACAUCGCCCAGCAGCUGCAGAGCAUGUGUGUGGCCCUGGGGACCAGCAUCCAGGGCCUGCCCAGCCACGUCAGGGAGCAGGUCCAGCAGGCCCGCAGCCAUGUGGACGACCUUCAGGCCACCUUCUCUGGCAUCCACUCCUUCCAGGACCUCACAGCCAGCGUUCUUGCCCAAACUCGGGAGCGCAUAGCCAGAGCCCGGGAGGCCCUUGAUCACACUGUGGAGUACGUGGCCCAGAACACUCCAGCCAUGUGGCUGGUGGGACCCUUCGCUCCUGGGAUCACAGAGAAAGCCCCUGAACAGAAGUAGGGACAAGCAUCAGGGCAACAUCUGUUUGUGGCCGCUUCUCCCAGCAGUGCACAGCAGGCCCUCCCCUGCUCUGAGUCUGAAUGAGAUGUCUUUAACCUAUUCCCAGCAGUCUUUUAAAGCAAUUUUUUUUUCUAGGACGUUCCAGGGGGAAAAAAGAUCCAGAAUGUUCUAGAAAACAUUUUUUUUUCCUAAAAGAAUAAGGGUAACGAGUAGUGAUAGCGCAGCCUGUCACCCGGUGCCAUCACUGUGGUGUAGAGGCGGAAGGGUCACGAGUUCCAAGUCAGGCUGCCACAUAGCAAAUUCAAUGAUCUUCUAAGCUAUGUAAGACCUUGUCUUGAAGUAAAUCAGGCAUAGUGAUAAUUCCAUUCUGGUUCCUUUCCUACAUCAUGGCCCACAAUAGCAACAGCUUUUCUAACAGAUUCUGAUACCUGGUCCAAGAAUCCAACAAGUGUGACAGAAUGGACAGCUGGGAUGUGGCAAUCUAGUCACUUUCAGAUGAGACAGUGACUGAGGGCUGAGUGUCCAUGGUUCCUCAAAUCCUGGGGCUCAAUAUUGCCUUAAUAAAUUUUAUGUGCAUCAGA